AUGCCAAGCCGCAGCCAGCCGCCCUCGGUCGGCACCACUUGGCAAACCGAACUGUGGGAACUUCGACGUCAACAAAGUACGUGCAUUCCACACUGCGCAGCCUACAGCAGGACCAUCGCUGCUUUCGGGAAAGCAGGGCUUUGGUCACGGGCGCAGUGGCUCUUGGAUGAAAGCCUCAGCAGAGGUUCAGAAGCUGAUGUUGUAUCCUACAACUCUGCAAUCUUGGGCUAUGAACGCGCACAUUUGUGGUGCUUGGCGUUGCAGCAGUUUUCGGAGAUCACUUUGGCACGCAUGGCGCCCGCCACGGCAUCCUUCAACUCAGUCAUGGGCGCUUGUGCUUGGGACAGCGUUUCCGCUCCGAAGGUCUUCCAACUGCUGCAAGAGCUUCGAGAUCUCCAGCUGCGCCCGACGGAGAUCACCUACACGGCGGCCAUCAAGGCGUGUGAGAUGUGCAAAGAUUGGCUGGGUGCCCUCGAACUGCUGCAGAAGAUGAGAGCAGAUCAGCUGAAGGCAAACUGCUUUGUGUUGACCGCGUUGAUGGGAGUCUUUAAGGAGACACGCUUCUGGCGCGACGCGGUGCACACGUUCGCGGUUUUGCAGUCUGGACAAGUGCCAAACGUGGUCUCCUACAAUGCAGUCAUCAGCGCAUGUGAACGCUCGUCCUCGUGGUCUCAAGCGCUCGACUGCUUCUUCGAAUUCACCCAGGUGUCUCACUUGUUCGCCAACGAUGUGACGUUUAAUGCCUUGAUCAGCAGCUGUGAAAAGGGCCGUCAAUGGCAGUGGGCCUUGCACAUGCUCUUGGUCAUGAAAGAGAGCUCCGUCAGAUUGGACGUGAUUACCUACAGCGCGGCCAUCAGCGCUUGUGAGAAGGCGCUUCAAUGGGAGAGGGCGCUCGAGUUGUUGGCAGAGAUGCGCGCCGAGCGGGUGCCGCCGAACCGGAUCACGGUCAACGCUGCCAUCAGUGCCUACGGGAAUGGCCUCCAGUGGCCUUUGGCCUUGCUCCUCUCAGAGACUUCUGCACCGAACUGGUGUCGUCGUGCAGCUUUGCCAGAUGCCACCACGACAAGUGCGUUGAUUACAGCCUGUGGAUUUGGCCACGAAUGGGAAUUGGCACUUGCCAUCCUUUCCAAGCCAAUUCCAGCAGAUACCGUGGCGGUGAACAGCUGCCUUUCUGCCUGUGCCCGAGCUCAACAUUGGAAUGAGGUGCUUCAACUGGCGAAUGACCACAUGAUGGCCCUCCGCUUGUCGCCGAGCGUUCUGACCUACAACUCGCUUCUGGACGCCUGCGUGCGCAGUGCGGAAUGGGCGCAGGGCCUUGAGGUGUUGGAGGGCCUGGGUCGGUGGUCGCUGGAAGCUGAUGUCGGAACAGAAUCCCUGGCAGUGGCACGUCAGCUGAGCUGA